AUGAUUACACCUAAAUGGGAACGUCUCGUGAGAUUCAUCGCGGAAGAUGAUUGGAGGGAAUACAUCGGCGAACCAGUCGAUGAGACUGUCGACGUCGGAGCUGCUCUGGCCGCAUCUCUCCCUGUUCCGGCUCGAGUCUUCAACGGAACCUCAGCCCUGGACCCCUCAGCAGAGCCAACAUCAAGGAUCCUCAACAUCCAAAAGCUCCUCCCACCCCUUACACGCAAAGAAAUCGGGACAAUUCGUUGUAUCGGCCUCAACUAUCGCAAACAUGCCAAAGAGAUGAACCUCGACCUCCCAGAACACCCAACCCUCUUCUUCAAGCCCGCAAGCUGUCUUAACGCGUCAAACGCACCGCUACUCAUCCCCCAUCAAGCAACGGAUCUGCAAGCAGACUACGAGGCCGAGCUGGCCGUCAUUAUCGGCCGUGACGCGAGGAACGUCAGCGUGGAGGAUGCCAUGGACUACGUGCUUGGUUACAUGUGCUCCAACGACGUCACGGCGCGGAAGCACCAGUUCGCGGGAGCUCAAUGGGGUUUCGGAAAGGGAUUCGACGGCUUUGCCCCGAUGGGUCCGUGUAUCGUCAGCGCAAGCAGCCUCCCGGACCCUUCACUUAUUGAGUUGAAGACGGUUCUCAACGGGCAGGUGAUGCAAGAGGGAAGAGGGGACGAUAUGAUUUUCUCCAUCGCCGAGAUCGUGGCGUACUUGUCUCAAGGCACGACGCUGGAAGCCGGGACGGUGAUUAUGACGGGAACCCCACACGGAAUCGGUGUGAGCAGAACUCCGCCUGUUUUCUUGGCUCCCGGGGAUGACCUGCGCAUCGUUAUGAGCCACGGCCUGGGAAGCUUGGUGAAUAAGGUGGAAUAUGAGGAGAGGCCCCAACGGAACACGAAUGGGAGCAGUGGGGUCAAAGUGGUAAACGGAGUGAAUGGGGUGAAAGAAGUCAGGGUAAAUGGAGUCCACUAGGCGGGAGAAGCACACAUGGAAUACCUACUGUCAAGUGAUUAUCACACAUAUUUCUCUGAUGGAAGUGUCGACUCCUAGUUCUUCGUUACAUGGGGCUAGGCAUUUCAUCUCUCACCUAGGGAUAGUUAACUCGACUUUAGGAGUCC